AUGGAAAUUAAGUGUUUUGUUGUGUAUAUAAUCAUACAGGCUGAACUGCUGAUCUCACUCAGAAUGUCUCUGACUGUUUCUCUGCUGUUUCUGACCUUCAUCUCUGGAGUUGUUGCUCAGGAUGGGUGGGCUGUGAAUUACAGCCCUAAAUCUAUCUGCGCUCUAAAGGGGUCAGAAGUGAUCAUAGGCUGCACUUACACAUAUUCAAGGGGUCAGUCAGUCCAAAACAUUUUGUGGACCAAAUACUGGAUUACAGAUGUACAACCUCCUGAUCUUUUUGGUGAUCCAGAGUACAGAGGCAGAGUUCAGUUCCUCGGAGAUAAAUUCAGCGACUGUACUCUCAAACUGAGGGAUGUGAGAGAAAAGGACCAAAGUAAAUACUACUUCAGAUUCAUAACACACAGAUCUAGAGGAAAGUAUCAAGGUGCAGGUGGAGUUGAUCUUUCAGUCACAGAUAUCCAGGUGGAGGUUCCUGAGAGAGUGAUAGAGGGAGAUAACAUCACUCUCACAUGUAAAACCAGCUGCAGUCUGACAGUCAGACCAACAUUCACCUGGUACAGAGAUGGACAUCCUUUAUCCUCCAGUACUGACCAGCUCCAGCUGCAGCCAGUCAGCAGGGAGGAUGCAGGCAGGUAUCACUGUGCCGUACUGGGUCAGAACCUUGGGUCUCCUCAGGUCAUUCUUAAUGUCAUGUAUGGCCCGAAGAGCGUCUCAGUGUCCGUCAGUCCCUCUGGUGAAAUAGUGGAGGGCAGUUCAGUGAAUCUGACCUGCAGCAGUGAUGCAAACCCAUCUGUGCAGAACUACACCUGGUUUAAGAAGCUUGACCAUGGAGUUUUGCAGAAAUCAACAUGUCAGAUCUACAGCAUCUCAAACAUCAGCUCUUUUUUUUUUUACAGUUUUAUAUGCUCUACAACCGUUCUGUAUUUUCUAGAUGCUCCAAAGAAAGCCCUGGUGUCCAUCAAUGAAACAGCAGAGAGCAGUUCAGAUACUCUGACCUGCAGCAGUGAUGCAAACCCACCUGUGCAGAACUACACCUGGUUUAAAGAAGGUGGAAGCUCACCUAUAGGAUCUGGACACAGUUACAGGGCUCUACAGAGAGGAUCCUACUACUGUGUGGCUCAGAAUGAACACGGAUCUCAGAAAUCAGCUGCAGUGACCUUCACUGUAAAAGGUAUUAAGAGUGUAGUUCUGUUUGCUGUUGUUGGAGUCCUUGCCGGAUGUGGAUGUUUAUUUGUUAUCAUUGCUGUUUUGUGUGUAAGGAAAAAGAGACAAGGAGAUUCAGCUAAUGCAUCAGAACGAAGACAGAAAAAUCUCUACAACAGUGUGACCGUAAGAUCUACAACCAAUGAUGCAACAACUGAUCCAGAUCCAUCCAGUCAGGAUGUUCACUAUUCCAGUGUUUUGCCCCUUAGAGUCAGACACCUCAGGAAUGCUGAGAGCUCUGUAGUGACAGCUUCUGCCUUUGGGGCUGAUGAGAAGGUUCAAUAUGCCGAUACCACUGCGGUGGACAGGUCUAAAGGCGAUGUUCAGUAUGCUAGUGUAAGAUUUACUCACAGGGUUGCUACCAACAGUUGA